UAUUCCUCGUUCGAGAUGGUGAGCCAGCUGCUCCGGACAGCGCGGCAGCGGAAGGGCUGCUGCUGUCUCGAGGGAGAGGGUUCAUGGGCGCCAUCAUGGUCGACCGAUCCAGCGGUGAUCUUGUUCGCAGCCGGCAUCGGCAGGGAGGAAUGGUUGUCGAUUCAAAUUGUUGGUGUUUUCGCGGUGCCGCUGGACGUUGAUGAAGAUGAUGACGAUGCCGACGACAACGCCACUGGUGGUGCUGUCGGGGGUGGAGGCGAAGAAGCACUGGUGGACAGGGACGUCCUCUCCACGGCUGCUGGAGGGAGGACGCUUGUGGAGUGACCCCGCCCCUCGGACGUUGGAGGAGCUCCAAAACGACCUCCUCCUCCAGCUGGCGAUGGUUCUCAAGAUCGAGGACUGGGAACGUUGCGCGAGCCACGCCUCCCCAGGGUAUUAUCCUACAGAGGAGAAGAAGACGCUCCAGCUCGGGACUUCGCGAGUCAGCCAAGGGGCAUCACCCAAUAUUUGCAAGCCUUCUUUCGUGAACUCUAAACCAGUCUGCAUCACUACGACGCUUGCCUCGAAGAUCCUGCGUAUUAGUGAAAAUGGAUGCACGGAAUGCCAAGAUGGCAUUCACCCCUCGCGACAAACUCAAUUUUGGGGUUGUCCGGCGCGCAGCAUCAGCGAUGGUGCGGAAGAAUGCAUGGAGACACACUAG